AUGUGUUUUUACGACCAAUACCGAAUGAUCUGCAACUGCCACAAGUGGGGUCACUUCCGUCAGCACUGCUCCAAGGAGUAUCGGACUGGCGAGACCUGUGGUAUGAAGUUGAUCAUGAACACCUUGGAGAAGCCAGAGAAGUGUAAAAUCUGCACCAAGAUCGACACCAAGGAGGGCCGUGUUCGCAAAGAGCAGGACCGGAUCAAUCGAUGGGUGAAAGAAGAGCAGCGGGGCCAUCAGCGAGGCGCGUCGAUUGAAGCCUCUCAAGGUACAAUCGAGAAACUGUAUCUCGAGAUCGAAGAACUCAAGUACCAGAAGAGUCAGAACAUGGCCUCCACGAGGUAAAUUGUGGUGCGAAUCGGUGACUUGAUGGGCAUGGGCAGGGCGUUGUUUUGUUUUAGGAAAUUUCGUUGGUUCACGACUUUCCUUUACGGAUUUGCAGGAAAAAUGGAUAUGGGUAUCGACGGCGGCGCUGGAAAUGGUUCGGGGGCAUGGAAUGUAAUAGUUCUCUUGAGUCGCAGUAGUGUGUAA